AUGAUUCGUGGGAAACGUAACGUUUAUUGGUUAUUUUUUGUUCAAGUGGUCAAUGUGUUGUGCAGUGACAAGUUUGAGGAAUAUUUGAAUGUAACGGAUCCGGCGACAUGUCAGAUUUACGAAUUCCGAAACGCUCAUUCAAUACCAGUAGGUUUAAUCACUACAAGCUUUGGAAAAUUAGUAGAGAUAAGAGAGACUGUCACAUUAAAUUCUGAUGCAUUCUCAAACCAACAUCAUAUAGAUUUAGUGACUCACAUGAAUGAUGAGAGAAUUCCUGAGAGACUCGUACAUGCUAAAGGUGGUGGUGCGUUUGGUUAUUUUGAAGUAACACACGAUGUAUCCAAAUAUACAAAAGCUGAUGUACUGAACGGUGUCGGAAAAAAGACCCAAGUUUUCGUACGCGUUUCCACAGUAUUACAGAAUCUCGGAGGUAACGAUGUCGCAAGAGAUAUAAAAGGGUUUGCAGUUAAAUUUUACACAAGGGAAGGUAACUGGGAUCUAUUAUGCCUCAGUACUCCUGUUUUCUUUCAUAGAGAUCCAAUAGAUUUUCCGAGCUUCAUUCAUGCUUUUAAACGGAAUCCCAAAACAAAUCUGUUUGACUUUACAACUCGUUGGGAUUUCGUUACUAAGAAACCAGAAACAUUGACUUCAUUUCUGUACGUAUUGUCUGAUUAUGGAAUACCAAAUGGUUAUAGAAAAAUGGAAUACUUUGCAAUUCAUACUUUUGAAAUUAAUAAUAAACACGGAGACAAGUAUUUCGUUAGAUUCAAUUUCAGACCUGAACAGGGUAUUGAAAUUCUCACAACAGAAGAAGCUCUUGCUCUCGGAGCACGGGAUCCUGAUUAUUAUAAUAGAGAUCUAUACAAUGCAAUAGAGUAUAAAAAGUACCCUGCUUGGAAGUUAGAAAUGGAUGUUAUGACACUGGAUUCUAUCAAACAUAUCGACUAUAAUCCAUUUGAAGUUACCAGACUGUGGAAAAAAGGAACUUAUCAUACCGUUCCUAUUGGCCGCCUCGUGUUGAAUAGGAAUCCAGAUAAUUUCUUCAGAACUGUAGAAAUGAGUGCGUUUAAUCCAAGCAAUUUAAUACCUGGUAUUCCAGGACCAAUGGAUAACUUGUUCAGAACUAGACGAUCUUCAUAUCGAGAGACUCAGGCUUACCGCUUAGGUAUUAAUCACAAUAGAAUUAAAAUAAAUGAACCUUUAUAUUGGAAAGUCUAUAGUCGUGACGGUAAGCCUCCAGUGGGAGAGAAUAUGAAAGAUGCGCCAAAUUACUAUCCAAAUUCAUUUAACGGUCCAAUUCCACUCGUAGAUCCUACGAGGCCUAAGAAAAAAUUCAAAAUUUUGGAAGCUAAUGCAAUAGAUUUGGAGGUGCCAGCCUACUUCUAUAACCAUUAUCUAUGCGAUGAAGGUCAGAGACAAAGACUAGUUAAUAACACUGUUUCUACUCUGGUACCAGUGUCACCACACAUGCAAAGAAGAGUAUUGCGUUUGUUAUCAUUAGCGGAUCCAAUUUUAGGAAUUAAGGUUGCAACAGGUCUGGAAGCGGCUCUGGAAACUCCACGACUUCCACCGCCAAGCUCGAUUAAGAUACUAAGGCAUCAUUACAAAAGACAUAAUAAAAUGCAAUGUACAAUUAAGAAACAUUAA